CUUUAAAUGGCUAAAGCCAUUCACUCCUAUUUGAACCCUCUGCUUUGACUUAUCACUUUACAGAUUCUCUUACCAAGCACACAACUGUUCCUCACGACCAAACAAUCUCCUACACUCAGCAUUAACAAACGUCGACUGUUUGUAUCCCGAACAUAGAAACCCAAGAUGUUCGUUUUAUCAAUUGUCCUCAUGCUUAUCGCCGCGGCUCUGCCCACACUGGCCGGCACGUCCUUCUACGGUCCGGAGGUCCCUUGCAAGCAGUGGAUGACUCACGGGGACUUCUUUAUCGCCAACUGUCCCGGCCCUUCAACUACAGCCAUGACUGUGCUUGAUCUCAAUCUCUGCUACGCAUCUAUCGACGGCCACAUCGCCGCCCAAGACAACGGCCACUUCGUCACCAACACCAACUGCACCUUCCUGCCGGUCAAGAACGGACAGAAUUACAUGACCGUCAAUUGCCCAACUGCCAAUCCAAAGGUCAACAUCACGAAUCUGAUCAUCCUGGGUAAGUGUACCUGA